UUAGCAGGUCGGUUCUGAGCUGAGGUUAGAUUGUGCUGCGGAAUAUUAUGUCGGCUGUCCUCUUAACCAUUAUAAUAUUCAGCCGGAGAACAGGUGCGUGUGCUAAGAAGAGGGUAACAGCAUUGGCUGCAGUGGCAUUAAAACGAAUGGGGAAAAAAAUUAAUGGAGGCUGUGGAUUUUCAGCGGUGUAGUACUGCGGCUAAGCAAGGGACAAAUCCUAUCAAGGAGUCCAAACAGGUACCCCGAGCGGCAUUACUGGACGUACAGUAUCACGCUGGAUUGUAGACUAUACUCUGUGUUGAGAUGGACUGCAACUUCACUGCGUUAUUAGGAGCAAAUGAUAGUUGUAUUUAGCCGCUGGAGAACUGGAUAUUGGGUCAUGUUGUGUGCGUUCAACACGUUGCCUGAGAGCGACGCUGGAACAGGUCACUGGUUCACUCCAUCCAUCAUUUAGGAUGACGACUGCUGGUCAAACCUACUCGCUCUCCUCCCUCGUUCCUCACCCGGUCUCCAGAGUUCAAACGCUUCGUCAGCAGACUGAGCACUCGCCCUGAACCCCUCCCUGUUCGGCUUCCUGGCAGACAUCCCGGGGAGGUGAUGCGACGGUUCGUCUACUGUAAGGUGGUGCUGACCACCUCUUUAGUGUGGGUGCUGGUGGACGUUUUCCUACUGCUCUACUUCAGCGAGUGUAACAAAUGUGAUGAUAGGAAAGACCGCUCGCUGCUCCCUGCCCUCCGAGCGGUGAUAUCUAGAAGCCACGAGGGUCCGGGGGAGAUGGGCAAAGCAGUGAACAUUCCCAAGGACGACCAGGAGAAAAUGAAGGAGCUCUUUAAGAUCAACCAGUUCAAUCUGAUGGCCAGUGACAUGAUCGCCCUGAACAGGAGUUUGCCGGAUGUGCGGUUAGACGGCUGUAAGACCAAAGUGUACUCAGACGACCUGCCAAACACCAGCAUAGUCAUCGUGUUUCACAACGAGGCAUGGAGCACUCUGCUGCGGACAGUUCACAGUGUCAUCAACCGCUCUCCGAAACACCUGCUCACCGAGAUUCUGCUAGUGGACGAUGCCAGUGAGCGAGACUUCCUGAAGAAGAAGCUGGAGAACUAUGUGCGCACUCUGGAGGUGCCGGUGAAGAUCCUGAGGAUGGAGCAGCGUUCAGGUCUCAUCAGAGCCAGGUUAAGGGGGGCAGCCGCCACCAAAGGUCAGGUCAUCACCUUCCUGGACGCUCACUGUGAGUGCACUGUGGGCUGGCUGGAGCCCCUGCUGUCACGUAUCAAAGAGGACAGGACAGCCGUCGUGUGCCCUAUCAUCGACGUCAUCAGCGACGAGACGUUUGAAUACAUGGCAGGCUCAGAUAUGACCUAUGGAGGAUUCAACUGGAAGCUGAACUUUCGCUGGUACCCGGUUCCCCAGCGGGAGAUGGAUCGACGCAAGGGGGACAGAACACUUCCCGUCAGGACUCCAACAAUGGCAGGAGGAUUGUUCUCUAUAGACAAAGCAUACUUUGAAGAAAUUGGAAACUACGAUCCUGGGAUGGACAUCUGGGGCGGAGAGAACCUGGAAAUGUCUUUUAGAAUCUGGCAGUGUGGAGGAUCUUUAGAAAUCGUAACUUGUUCACACGUGGGCCAUGUCUUUCGGAAGGCCACCCCAUACAGCUUCCCGGGAGGAACGGGCCAAGUCAUCAACAAGAACAACAGGCGGCUGGCAGAAGUGUGGAUGGACGAUUUCAAAGAGUUCUUCUACAUCAUAUCUCCAGGUGUGAUGCGUGUUGACUACGGAGACGUUUCCUCUCGCAGAGCCCUCCGCGAGGCCCUGCACUGCAAACCAUUUGCCUGGUAUCUAGAGAAUGUCUACCCAGACUCCCAGAUCCCAAGAAGAUACUACUCACUUGGUGAAAUCCGAAAUGUUGAGACCAACCAGUGUGUGGACAAUAUGGGACGAAAGGAAAACGAGAAAGUUGGUUUCUUCAACUGCCAUGGCAUGGGCGGAAACCAGGUGUUCUCGUACACCGCAGACAAAGAAAUCAGGACAGAUGACCUCUGUCUGGACGUCUCCCGCCUCAACGGACCUGUGGUCAUGCUCAAGUGUCACCACAUGAAGGGCAAUCAGAUGUUCGAGUAUGAUGCUGAGCGUCUCACCCUGCUGCACGUGAACAGCAACCAGUGUUUGGACAUGCCGACUGAGGAGGACAAGAUGGUCCCCACCCUGAGAGACUGCAACGACAGCCGCUCUCAGCAGUGGUUGCUCCGUAACAUGACUCUGAGCAUCUGAUCUCCCACCUCUCUGCC